AUGUCAUCAGUAGUUUACCAGAUGCCAUUCUCUGCCAUAUUCUCUCUUUUCUCCCAACCAAACAGGUGGACGGAUCUCUGGCACUCAGUUCCUGAUAUCGACUUAACCGACGACCAAGACGUACAGCAAACCGAUGCUAUUGAAUUGGAUGAUCAAUCUACCCUUUUUCGCUUCAACGAGUUUGUGUACUCUGUUUUGUUCAAGCUAGAUUCCAUCAAGAGUUUCUGGCUCAAGGUUGGAUAUAAUGGUUCUGAUCUUGCAUACCUUGGCUUUCCUAGCGUAGUUAAAUGGCUCAACCAUGUUGUAAAACGCGGUGUUGAGAGAAUUCUUCUCACUCUUUUCUCUGGCGUUGAUAUGAAAUUGCCCGUUAGCAUUUUGAACUGCAAAACCCUUGUGGAGCUCCACUUGUUUUCAUUUAAUGUGAAAGAAAAUUCAAGUUCUCUUACGCUAGAAGAAAUGUCAUCAACCGGGGAUGAUCGUCGUGAUGUGAUCAGCGAUUUACCAGACCGUGUCAUCUGUCAUAUUAUCUCUUUUCUCCCAACCGAACAGGCGGUUGCCACUAGUGUCCUUUCGAAGAGAUGGACGCAUCUCUGGCUCUCUGUCCCCACUCUCAGAUUGGAUGUGGACUUGAAACACCGAGAAGCCCUUUUUUGCUUUAAUGAGUUCGUCUACUCUGUUUUGCUAGCACGUGAUUCCGUCAAGUACAAGAGUUGCAUUAUGGACAUUUGGUAUCAUAAUGAUGAUCUUUCCCAUAUUGGCUUUCGAAAUUUCAUCAAAUGGAUUAAUCAUGUGGUGCAACGUGGAGUUGAGCACCUUGAAAUUUCCACUAACAUGCACGAUGAUCAUCCUUUCAAAUUCCCUAUUAGCAUCCUCACUUGCAAGACCCUUGUUCAUCUAGAUUUCUAUAAGUUCAUUGUGAAGGAUUUUUCUUCCAUUACACUCCCCUCCCUCAAGAUCCUUCAUUUUGAAGAAACUAACUUCUUAAAUUAUCAAGAUUUAAUAUUACUUCUAGCAGGAUGUCCGAAUCUUGAGAAUUUACGUGCAACUUUUCUAGAGUUCCACUCUGAAGACUCUCUUACCUAUCAAGAGCUACAAAGCUUAAGCUUAAACAAAUUGACGAAAGCAAAAAUGUGGGGCACUUAUUGCCACUUUCCACUGAAAGCACUUCAUAAUGUGAAACUUUUGUUCAUAGAAAUAAAUAAGGUGUAUCGAGGUUGUGAUGAGAUUCCUACCUUUCACAAUUUGACAACCCUUGCACUUUACUCUAUAAACUCUAACUGGCAUUUGUUGGCACAAGUGCUCAAUCAUUGCCCUAACCUUCAAAAUAUUGAACUCAGUCAGGGAACCCACAAUGAGAUAAUAGAAGGAGUCGAAGAAAAUUGGGAGGACCCAAUAUCUGUUCCUCAUUGUCUUUCAUUAAAACUUCAAACUUGCUCAAUUUUGAAAUUCUUGGGCCAAGAAAGUGAGCUUCUAUUGGCAAAACAUAUUCUAAAGAAUGCAAGAGUUUUGCAAACCAUGAAAAUCAAUUGUGGUAAAGAACUCAAAACAUAUAGAGAGUUAUUAUUAUGCCCAAGGGCCUCCCCUAUAUGUGAAGUUGUGAUCGAUUGCAAGCGAGGUUCUAUGUAA